GUUUUAAAAGAAGAAGGAAAAACAACCGAGCGCGCUUCUCUAAACUUCAGCGGAGCAGCUGCUCACAUCGGAAGAACGGCCAGGAACCCUCCAGGAGAAGAGACCAUGACAUUUCUUCUGAGAUGUUAUUUCUUGCUCUUCGCUCUUAGCACAUGCCUCAUCCUUACAGUUCAGGCAGAAUGCAGCAAAGACUGUGCAUCUUGCACCCACCGAUUGGCAUAUCAUGCAGACAUCAACCCCCUGGCAUGUACACUAGAAUGUGAAGGAAAGUUGCCCUCUGCCAAGGCCUGGGAAACCUGCAAAGACCUUCUGCAACUGAGUAAACUGGAUCUUUCCCAGGAAGGCAUUGGUGCCCUGGGGGACAACCCAAAAGAACAGGAUGAGAGUCAUUUGCUAGCCAAAAAAUAUGGUGGGUUCAUGAAAAGAUAUGGUGGUUUCAUGAAGAAGAUGGAUGAGCUCUAUCAUAUAGAACCAGAGGAGGAACCUAAUGGAGGAGAAAUCCUUGCUAAAAGGUAUGGAGGCUUUAUGAAGAAGGAUGCCGAAGAUGAUGCCUUGGCUAAUUCUUCUGAUCUGCUGAAGGAGCUUCUUGGAACAGGGGAAAAUGCUGAAACUGGGCAUUAUCGGGAUCUGAAUGAUGGUGAAGUCAUCAAGAGAUACGGUGGCUUCAUGAGGAGCAUCAAGCGCAGUCCUGAAUUGGAAGAUGAUGCCAAAGAGCUGCAAAAGAGAUAUGGUGGCUUCAUGAGAAGAGUGGGGAGGCCAGAGUGGUGGCUGGACUACCAGAAACGAUACGGUGGAUUUCUUAAGCGUUUUGCCGAUUCUCUCCUUCCUUCAGAUGAAGAUGGAGAAAGUUAUUCCAAAGAGGUUCCAGAGAUGGAAAAAAGAUAUGGUGGAUUUAUGAGAUUUUAAUUACCUUCCAUUUGUCCUUUUUGUCCCAAAUCAAAGACUGCCUCAUUGAUCAUAAUUUAUUGUCAUGUGUUGCUUGUACUGUACAGUUUUUUACUGUCCUAGUUUAUAAUGCAACCUGCUGUCUGUUAUUUCAAGUUCUAUGCUCUUUUAAGUCAACAAAUAACUUCUGUAAUGACUUCUAAUUUGUCUGUUGUACUUUUCAUGCUAAAUCUAUUUUAAUUAUCAUAUCCAUUUCUUUAAAACAGCGCAAUUGCUUAGUUGUAUAUACAAUAAAUUGUUCAUCCUAACUGCA